AUGACCACAUUAGCGGCAGAGCCGUUCAUUUCGGCCUCUCUCUCUCUCUCUCCAUCUCCGUUGCCACCGCCAGCUGCGGUGGCAACUCUCUCCGAUCCUCCUAUAAAAUGCUCCAACUUCCUCCAAUCCCAACAACCGAAGCUCCUCAUCUCUUCCCUCUCAAACAAUCCCUCGCCGCUCGCCCCGCCUACGAAGAUGCAUCGCGCAUCUGCUCUUGUAGUCCUCCUCCUUGCCGCCGCCGCCGUCUCCGGCUUGGCACAAGCCCCCUCGGAGUCGCCAAAGGCCGCGACUCCAGCCCCAACUGGUUCCGUCGCGAAGGCUCCGGUCGUCGCGAAGGCUCCAGUCGUCGCGGCGAAUGCGCCAGAAUCGUCGGCGAAGACUCCCUCUCCAGCGAAGUCUCCUGCUUCCGAAACUCCCAGCGAGUCUCCCGCGUCGGCGCCAGGGCCAGGGUCAGAAGCCGAUUCCCCUGCGACUUCUCCCUCCGCCGCGGACGCACCAACUGCCGAAGACGGUGCUGACUCUCCAGCAUCCGCUCCGGCUCCUUCCGGCGAAGCAAGCGACGAGCAUAUAAGUGGCGCAAACCCUGCUGCCGUGGUCUCCGUCAGCGGGCUGGCCGCGGCUUUCGUUGCCGUUGUCGCUCUUUAA